GGGCAGUGUGCGUGCAUACAACGUAUAGUAACAAUUUUUUUAGGCACGCGCGCACUACUGGAAGUCGGUUUGCUACGUACAGUCGCCGAGCCGGCGCCACUCUCUGCUAUACGUUUUCCUGCUAACCUACUCGAAGACGUUGUGAACUGGACUCGGAGCUACUCUACCCUACUCUGUGCUGCUCUAAGCUGUACUCUAACCGUUCUACACACAAACACAAACGUAGCAUCCUUCCUCUCUCUCUUUCUCUCUCUCUCUCUCUAUACACACGCACACGCACAGAAAGAAUUUGUUAUUUCCUAAGCUUUUUGUCGUGGUGGAGAUUGGGGUGUGCAUUGGGAAGGGCUCUGCAUCGAGGAAGGUUGGACGCUGAGGCCUGGGCUGAGCAUUUGAGCGCGGCAACAUGACUGAAGAUAUCAGAUCAAGUGGACACGGCGAGGGAUCGACAUGAGCAGCCAGUCAAUCAGGUGGAUGACCUGUCAAGUGGAAGUCUGACACGUUUGGCGCUCCAGAAGGUGGUUGGUCGGGAAAUAGAGAAAAAGGUGGAAGGAAGAAGGAGACAAAGAGGGGGGGGGGUGUUUCUUGGCUUGAAGGGAUUUUUCUGGAGUUUGCGGAAGUGUGGAAAAAAGAGAUGGGGCGGCCAAAGUAUUCCUUCCCAAUAAUAGAGGGAGCACAGCUGUUAGCAGAGUUACGCGUGUUCCUGAAGCAUCAGUUCAAUGACGAGGACGUUUUGGCACCUCACAUGGAGUCUAUACUACCCAUCUACGAGGAGCUUGUCGCAAUUGCGCUUGGACAAAGAAAGGAAAGUUUCUGUGCUCCAGAAUUAGAAGCUUUUGAUGGUGCUGAACAACCUGAUCUUUUGAUAGACUUUUCGAGUAAUGGGCUCUUUUUCGGUACUGCAAGGUAUCUCAUGAACCUAGCAGGAGUUAAGGACUUCAAGAUGAAGGAUUUCAUUAAGCCGGAGCCACAACGCACAGCCAGAAACAUAAGUGCACUCGUUAACUUUUCGAAAUUUAGUUUUGCUGAAUACCAGGAUGUCAUCCAGGUAGACAACCAUGAACUUGUCCAGGUAAGGUUUGAAGAUGCGGUGCAUCUCUGUCUGGAAGGUACUUGGGGCGUUGCAAAGUCCGAAUGGCAUGACCAGGAACUCCAGGAGGACAUCCUCUGCGUGGACAGCUUGGUCCGGAAGCAGGCUCGACUUAUCGAUGAACUGCUUGACCGGGUACGCCGGCUGGAACAGCAGCCUACAACAGCCGGGCCCGCCGGACCCUCCAACUUGACGGACCGCAUCAACGUGUUGGAAAUCGACGUCCGGAUUCUCAAGGACGGCGCUCUAGCGACAAAUCAGCAGAUUGACCAGCAGAUUUGUGCCGCCGCAGCCAGUCCGACCGCGACUACUCGGGAGAGCAUUCCGAAGUUUGACGGCAUGCCGAUCUUCUACGAUGCAGCGAAGACCGACCCGAUUCCAUGGUGUGCCCUGGCGACUUUUCAAGCGGCAAUGACCAACGACUUUCGUGCGAUGUUGGAUCGGUUCGUGCUAGUCUACUUGGACAACAUUCUCAUCUAUAGUCGGACAUUGGAGGAUCAUCUUGAGCACUUUCGACGAGUGUUGGAGACGCUCCGCCGCGCCAAGUACAAAGCCAACCACGACAAUUGCAAAUUUGUCCGGAAAGAGUUGGAAUACUUGGGCUAUUUCGUCACAGCGGAGGGCAUCAGUCCGUUGUCGGACAAGGUUCAAGCCAUCCAAGAGUGGCCGGAGCCGCAGAACGUCUCAGAUGUCCGUUUGUUCCUUGGCCUUGCCGGCUACUACCAACGUUUUAUCAAGGGAUGCUCGAAGAUCGCGGCCCACUUGACCAAGCUUCAAUGCGAGGAUCGACCGUUUGACUUCGGAGAGGAUGCGCGGGAAUCAUUUUUGGCUCUCAAAGCCGCUCUGUUAUCUGCGGAGGUCUUGCGCAUGUACGACCCGCUAUUGCCAACGCGCGUCGCUACGGAUGCGUCUGGCUAUGGCAUUGGCUCUUCCAAUACUGCCGACCGCCUCACCGCAUUGGAGAUGCACGUGGGCUCCCUCCAGGACGACGCACAGUUACAGCAGACCGCGCCGCAACAGUUGCAACAACGGAUCUGCACUACCGCCACCACCUCGAGUCCGGAGCCGCGCGAGACAGCUCCUAAGUUCGAUGGGCAGGAGAUCUUCUGCGACUCAAUCAAGACAGAUCCAAUUCCAUGGUUUCGCAAGUUCGAGCUCACGCUGCAGCUCCACAACGUCAAGGAACACAAGCAUCACACCUGCUUGUACUCUCGCUCAGGGGGCGCGUGUCAGGCUUGGUUGGACAACCUGUUGUCCAAGUACGGAGUGGUAGCGAACGACUUGCACACCAAGAUCACCUGGGAUGAUCUGAAGGCGGCGUGGCACAAGCGGUUCCAGGUGGAGCCACCAGAGAUCAAAGCCAUGGACAAGCUUAUGGUCUUCGAGCAAGGCACGCUGCCGAGUACGGACUGGAUCGCCGAGUACCAACGCUUGACGUCAGUCCCAGACAUCCAGAUGGGCUUCAAGGCCAUCCGCUAUUACUUCAUCUCAAGGUCAUGUCCGACAUUGAGCAAUGCCAAGGCGCACGUCGAGGACACCUUGAUGACGACGACGGAAUUAUUUGACAAGGCUGCGCAGAUCAUCGUCAUGAACAAGGAGGCCAAGAACCUCCGUUCAUCUGCGUCAGGCCCGAGCAGGGACCAGCAUCGGCCAAGAGUGGCCGUGGUCGCAGCGGCAGCGCCGUUAGACCAAACCAGCGAGGCUGUGUCUGCCAGUGAAGGGGACAGAUUCGCAGCCGCCCGGGAAGGUGGCCUCGCCGGCAGAGGCCGAGGACGAGGCAAGACGAAGACACACACCUUACCUUACUUCUAUGCACCACCAACUUCGCCGACGGAUGACGAAGUCGCGGUGGGGGACAUCCUGGCAUAUACUACCAGGGUGGUCCGCGAGUUUUGCACGCAGUGGUACGAUAACAACAAUGCACCGCUCAUGUAUGUCCGCAUCCAUGUUGGGCAAGCGUCCUGCAGCGCUUUGCUGGAUAGUGGCGCGACUCGCAACUUCAUGAGCCAAUCUUUUAUGCAAAGGGCUGGCCUUGGCGCACAAGUUCGGAGGAAGGCAAACCCGACGGAGAUCAAGUUGGCGGAUGGAAAGACGCAGCAACUGCUCGACCGUUACAUUGAGGCCGUAUCGGUCUACUUCGCACCUCAUGCAUGCGAACCGGUGACAUUCGAUAUUCUCGACACGGACUUCGACAUCAUUAUGGGAAUGCCUUGGCUUGCAAGUGCGGAUCACACUGUCAACUUCCAUUGGCGGACCCUUAGCGUUCGCGACGCCUUCGGUGCGGAAACCGAGGAGAUCGGCCUAUGUUUCUUAUGGACCGUCGCGGUAGCCGACUUUUCACCCACGGACUUGUCUUCAGACCCCCGUGUGGUACAGUUGCUGGACGAGUUCGCCGACAUCUUCAAGUCACCUACCGGUGUGGUGCCGGGUCGGCCAAUCUCUCACGAGAUCAUUCUUGAGGCCGGUGCCGUGCCGCCGAAAGGUUGCAUGUAUCAGAUGAGCGAGGAGGAGAUUGAGCACCAGUUGCCCAAGGGCUGGAUCCGCCCGAGUAGCUCCCCAUAUGGAGCACCAGUUCUCUUCGUCAGGAAGAAGAACAAGGAUCUACGAUUGUGUAUCGACUACCGCAAGCUCAACGCGCAAACCGUCAAGAAUGCGGGGCCUCUUCCUCGCAUCGACGAUCUUCUUGAGCGAUUGGGCUGUGCAAAGUACUUCUCCGAGUUGGAUUUGAAAUCAGGUUACCAUCAAAUCUCGAAUCAGUCGAACGAUCGCUACAAAACCGCGUUCAAGACGCGGUACGGGCAUUUUGAGUGGAUGGUCAUGCCUUUUGGCGUCACCAACGCCCCGACAACAUUCCAGGCGGCGAUGACCAAUGAGUUCCGUGCAAUGUUGGACCGGUUCGUGCUGGUCUACUUAGACGAUAUUCUCGUCUAYAGCCGGACAUUGGAGGAUCAUCUUGGACAUCUUCGACGAGUGUUGGAGACGCUCCGCCGUGCCAAGUACAAGGCCAACCGUGACAAGUGCGAAUUUGUCCGGCAASAGYUGGAAUACUUGGGCCAUUUUGUCACACCRGAGGGCAUCAGUCCGCUAUCGGACAAGAUUCAGGCCGUCCAAGAGUGGCCGGAGCCUCGGAACGUCACGGAUGUCCGCYYGUUCCUCGGUCUUACCGGCUACUAUCAGCGCUUCAUCAAAGGCUACUCCAAGAUCACGGCCCACUUGAACAAGCUUCAGUGCGAGGAUCGGCCGUUUGACUUCGGAGAGGAGGCGCGAGGAUCAUUCUUCGCUCUCAAAGCUGCGCUAUUGUCGGCGGAGGUCUUGCGGAUAUACGACCCGCUCGCACCUACACGUGUCACUACGGAUGCGUCAGGCUAUGGCAUUGGUGCAGUCCUAGAGCAACAUGAUGGUGUGGACUGGCACCCGGUCGAAUACUUUAGCAAGAAAGUGCCUCUCGUGCAUUCCAUUGACAAUGCACGCAAGGAGCUCCUCGCCUUCGUCCACGCGCUCAAGCGGUGGCGGCACUUCCUCCUUGGUCGAAGCCAGUUUCGAUGGGUAACGGAGAACAAUCAACGCUGCAAAUCCCGCAACCAUCGUCCGUAUAGCGAGUUACGAUCAUUCCCAAUCCCAUUGAGGCGAAGGGAAGCGAUUGCCACGGACAUCACCGGCCCGUUCCCCAAGCACAAGACUGGAGUGGAUGGGAUUCUCACGGUGGUCGACCGACUCACCAAGUUCGCCAUGUUUUUGCCUUGUCGCUAUCAUGCCAAGGCACCGGAGUUGGCCGAGGCUCUGUACGCCGGUUGGAUUCGCACCAAGGGUUACCCCAAGGAGAUCGUCUGCGACCGCGACACUCCGUUCAUGUUCGGUUUUUGGUUGGCGCUCAUCAAGCUAUGGGGCUCAUCUCUCAAGCCUUGUUCAGCUCGCCACCCUCAGACCGAUGGCCAGACGGAGAGGGCGCAUCAGACCGCACAGGUUCUCCUUCGCACUGUCAUCCCCCCCGACCAGAAAGACUGGGUUGAGCGACUGCCGGACGUUGAGUUGGCCUACAACUCUUCUAUCCACCCGGCUAUUGGGAUAUCGCCCUUCGAGUUCGAUCACGGCUCGCCGGUCACGUCACCGUUGGACACGAUUACUCCACGCACGGCCGAGAGCGACGACCAUCUUCUUUUCUUGCGUCGGAUGCAAGAGCUUCUUGUCAAGGCACGCGACCAGAUGGCUAAGACGCAGCAGCGCAUGAGCCAACAGGCAAAUCGCGAGCGUCUUCCUUGUCCAUUCCGCGUCGGGGACCUCAUCUUUCCAAUAGUGGCAGUAGUUAGCCUCAAUCAAGAAGCCAGCAUGAUCCAAUGCGAUCUUGCUGAACUUCUCGCAUCACUCGAUGGCUCGACGAUCUGGUCAAUAUCCACUUCGCCAUCCAUGGUUGGGGGCAGCAUUGAUCUUCUGGAAGGGAACUGCUCAGUAGCAGCAAAAGGUGCUAACUUAGAGGCAUGGAACACAGGGUUGGUGCGUGGAUGCAAGGUCUUCAGCAAGAUCGAUCUCAAGUCUGGUUACCACCAGAUUGAAGUUGACCCUGCAAACCAGCAUAAAACUGCAUUCAAAACUCGAGAUGGGUUCCCGUCUCACGCGAAUCCUCUAGGAUUACUCAAACCACUAUCUAUUCCAAUUGAACCAGGUGAGUCCAUCUCCAUCGACUUUAUGGGUAUCACCAAGAGUCGAAACGGGAAUAGUCAGGUAAUGGUGAUUGUUGACAGAUUCUCCAAGUACAUCGAAGACGAAGCUGGAGCUAUGGCGCCACAGCAACUAGCAGCGUAUUGCGAUAGGCAAGGCCGACGCCAACAGCAGCACAGCGCAAUGCGUAGCUUGCUAGCAUGGCGGAUAAUGACGAAGCGGCAUGAGGCCAAUAUCGGCACGCAGCAACCAGCAGUUCAUCGCGAUAACAGGGCCGGCGCUAACAGCAGCACAGCGCAGCGCGUAGCUUGCGGGGUGGCGGGUAAUGGCAAAGUGGCAGGAGGCAAGGCAGAAACCCGAAAGGGGACUAUUACUACCCCCUACACCGCCGAGCAGCAAGAGAAAAUGGCCGCCUUAGUCAAAGAGAACAGGGAGAGAAAAGAGCGCGAGAAGCAGGCGAAGUUAAAAGCUAUCGCAGAUGAGCAGGCGACCAAGAUGAAGGAGUUGGAAGAGGAGAUGGAGAAAAGGAAGAAGGCUGCUGAAGAAGAAGCGGCAGCAGAAGAAGAAAAAGAGAGGAUGAGGAUUGAAAGUGGAGAAGGGAGCAGUGGAGGCACGAUGAAGAGGGACAUAGACGCAGAGAUCGAGAAGAACAUAAGCGUGUGGGUUGCUCAUUUAUCGCUAGGGGAAGACGAAGAGGCGGAGUCCUACGUGACUGAUGAUGAGCGGGCUACAUUAGCCGCUGAACUAGCAGCAAUGCAGGACCCCAUGGAACGGCGAGAAAGGGAAGAGGAACAUAAAUUGUCAUGGAAGUUACGAAUGAAGAGGGAGAAGAAGAGGAGGAGAGAGGAAGUAAGCAAAAUGACCGCAGAAGUGGCAAAGGUUCAGGACUGUAGGAGAGAAGUGGAGGCCCAAGCAGACGAUAAGGCCAGGUGGGAUAAGGUACUGGGGUACCUAGAGGUGUUGGGCAAAGCCUGGAUGGAGGAACGUCAGGCAAGUUGGAGCCAAGACGUUGCUUUGAGUGCCAUGCGGUCGGGGUUCAGAGACUUUGCGCGCGAAAUCGUUACCCACAUUGGGGGCGAAGUCAAGCAGUUGAGAGACAAUGUGGGGAAGUUUUGUGAUAGCGCUAUUGAGGGCGCCAAAGCGAUAGCUGCUGUAGAGGGUGAGGGCAGACCCCGUAAAGACCCAGUAAAGCUCAAGUUCCCAGACGCAUACGGGGGUAAAAAGGAAGAAAACUUUGACAACUGGGAAGCCAUUGUCAAUAGUUAUAUCUAUUUACAACACAUCCUGGCAGAGGAGCAAGUCCUCGUGGCCUUUCAGGCCCUCAAGGAUGAAGCGACUAGUUUCGCUAGGUCCCUUGCGCGCGCAGCCGGUUGUGAAAACAACCUGGUUGCAUAUUCAAAGGUCACUCCCCUUUCUCAAUUCCUCAAGCUCCUGAAGGAUCGAUUAACCGACCCAAUGAGAGGCAUUCGUGCCUCUGACAAGCUACAAACAAUCCACUCACGACAGUGGAGGAGUGCAAGGGCACUCAAGGGAACCAUGGACGACUUGGUAGCCGUCCCGGACCAUGGGGUCACUGAGACCCAGUUGGUCCAGUUAUUCUAUCGUGCCAUACCAGAGGCCUUGCGUGGGCAUUUCUUUGAUAAGUCUCAACAGGCCGACAUCGCGUAUGAUGCAUCAAGUAGAGAAGUCGUCCUGAGUAGAGUAGGGGCCCUUAUAGACUCAGGGGCCACCCGCAGUUACAUUAGCCGCAGAGCGCUGAAAAAGUUAAGGCUAGGAUUAAAAGUCCAAAAGCUAGUAGACCCCAUAGUCAGUGUCCUCGCAGACAACCGCAUGAUGCGAGUUGAGGACUACGUAGAGGGAGUCCAGGUGUACUUUCGCCUAGAGAAGGAUGGGAAGGUGGAGAAAGUUCUCCAUUCCCUGACUCUCCUCGUACAGGAUGACCUUCCUUUUGAUGUAGUCCUAGGAAUGGAUUGGGGAGAAGCAGCAGGGGCCACACUCCAUUUGAGAGAGCAUGAGUGCAGGCCCCCUAGCCCAUCAGGCGAGGUUAAGACUGCCCGCCUGUUUCAUGUGUCAGGUGUAGACAACGCCUUGGCACAUUGCUGUCUCAGUGCUCCCGCGUUCGCGCGGUUAGUAAAGAAGGAGCGAUUAGAAGAACAGGUCUUUGUAGUUUAUGUUCGACCUUUCACUAAGGCCAACAAAGAGGAUAGUUCCACAGAUCCAACCAUUGCCAAGCUGUUGGAGGAGUUCAAAGAUUUGACCGAGUCGCCGACAGGAGUAGUGCCGCGACCCAUCCAGCAUCAAAUAGAGAUAGAACCUGGCAGUAGAACUCCUAAGGGAGCAGUCUACAGAAUGUCCCCUAGAGAGUUAGAGGAGCUGCGGACGCAGUUAGAUGAGCUCCCAGAGAAAGGUUGGAUCAGGCCCAGUUUGUCUCCUUUUGGAGCACCAGUUUUGUUUGUCCCCAAGAAGGAAGGAGAGCUGAGAAUGUGUAUAGACUAUAGGGGUUUGAACGCGAUUACUGUGAAGAAUGCUGAGCCACUGCCCUUAGAUGAUCUUCUAGAUCGGGUGCAAGGUUGUCUUGGAGAAGUUGAGGGAGUCAACUUCAAGAUCAACGCAAAGAAGUGCGAGUGGGCCAAGACACAAGUUCUGUACUUGGGCCACGUAUUAGACGGAGAUGGCAUAAAGCCAGAGGACAGCAAGAUAGCGGCAAUUAGAGAUUGGCCGACACCCCGCACAUUGACAGAGUUGCGGUCGUUCCUAGGCCUAGCCAACUACUACAGUAAGUUCGUGAGGAACUUUUCUACUAUCACCGCUCCCCUGCGCCAGUUGCUUAAGAAAGAAGCAAUCUGGCAAUGGGACAAAGAUUGUACGUCUGCGCUAAAGAAAUUGAAGCGCGCGUUAAUAGAGGACCUUGUCCUCAAAGUAGUUGAUCCGUCUUUGCCAUUUGUCGUCACCACGGACGCAAGUCUGUAUGGGAUAGGCGCCGUGUUGCAGCAAGACGACAACAAUGGCUACAGACCCGUAGAGUUCAUGUCAGUGAGGAUGCCUUCAGAGAAGGUUGCUACCUCGACGUACGAGAGAGAACUCUAUGCUCUCAAGCAGGCUUUAGAACACUAGAAGCAUUACCUGCAGUGUACUCUGACCACGAG